GAGAGAGAGAGAGAGAGAGAGAGAGAGAGAGAUUAUGCUCACAAUGGUAACCGUAGGUAUGUUAGAUACCUCUGGUUCCUUAUCCGGGGACUACCUCAUCUUCUGCUAUUGGGCCUUGGGGUCACGUGGUAAAAGUAACUUUACAGGGCUGCUCGCAAGUAGGAGGGCUUUAUGGAGCAGAAAUGAUCAUGAGCUCGUAUUUGAUGGACUCUAACUACAUUGAUCCGAAAUUUCCUCCAUGUGAGGAAUAUUCGCAAAAUAGCUACAUCCCAGAGCAUAGUCCAGAAUAUUAUAGCCGCGCAAGGGACCCUGGCUACCAGCAUCACCAUCAGGAGUUAUAUCCUCCGCGGGCGAGCUACCAAGAACGCCAAUAUAACUGUCCAAGCAUCCCCGAACCUGACACACCAAGAGGACAUGGACUACCCCAUUCGGCACACCUACUUGCAGGAAAAGGACAGCCGGCCUCAUGUGAGACCCCACAGUUAUCAAUGUCCCCAUCCACCCCACCGGCUGCAUCCUCCGCUUGCAACCAAGCUACACCGGAGCAUCCAAACAGCGCAGCCUCCUCCAAGCAGCCAGUGGUAUACCCUUGGAUGAAGAAAAUUCACGUCAGCACUGUGAACCCAAAUUACAAUGGAGCGGACGCCAAGCGGUCUAGGACAGCAUAUACUCGGCAGCAGGUCUUAGAAUUGGAGAAGGAAUUCCACUAUAACCGAUAUUUAACACGGCGAAGGCGCAUCGAGAUUGCUCAUUCCUUGGUUCUCUCCGAGCGUCAAAUCAAAAUUUGGUUUCAGAAUCGCAGGAUGAAGUGGAAAAAAGACCAUAGGCUUCCUAACACCAAAGUCAGAUCGUCAUCUUCCUCCUCCUCAACGGGCAUAUCCUCCGGGUCCAACACAACUUCAGCUGCCGGCGCAGUUGCUGCUGCCUCGGCUACUAACGUUGUGUCUACACCCGAUGAACUUUCCGGAGCACAGCUUGGCGAGGAUAUUACACGGUUAUAAAGGCGAACCCCUUGAACAUGGAAGACUGAAAAAUGACUGGUUAUUUAUAGAACAUGAUAUAUUUUGUUUUCGUAGGUAUCUUGUGCGGUUUCCUUUUAGUCCAAAGUUAUAUAAAAUGCAUGUUAUAUAGCAUGGAUUAAUGCGAAUACCGAUGGAUAAUUUUUACGUGACACAGGGUUUAAUUUAUUUAAAACAAAAAUUGUUUUUUUCAUGAAAAAUGUUUUGAAUGAAGGAAAAAUGUACAUUUUAUCAAAAUGUUAUUGUGAGCUAUUCUUUUGCUCUGCCCAAGGUGAAAUGCACAAUCUAUUUAUUUCAACAACACUGGAAGGAUAUUAUAGACCUAUAGGUUAUUUUUGGUAAAAAGCUGGAACACACACCAUUGGUCUUGAACGUGUAUGUUUAGGCAAUGUGUGAAUUACCUCGCAUAUUUCAAAUACAGAAUUUUUCAUUACAAUUUAGUUUUGUGAUGUAGAUGUUGUGUUUUAGGCCGUUCAACGCAAAUUAUUGUGAAAUGCAAUAAACGGAGAUUAGUGUUCUUGUGAUAAUCAUAUUGGUCAAUAAAACAGUGAGUGUCUACUAGUUUUAUAUUCGCUUGCCUGAAAUUCAUUCAUAACCAUUGAAGUUGAACUAAGCUUUUAGCUGCUUUGCUCAGCUAUUGUCCAAGUUCUGUAUUUCUUUAGAUGUUGCUAUCUAAAAAUGUGACUUUUUAAUGUCCAAGACGAUCUCUUGUCAAACGUGUUUAUGUUGCCUGCGUAAUUAUGUUACGGAAUUGACGUGCAGCUUUUUCAGUCAUCAGUAACGGAUUGUAGGCCAUACUACAUAUGGACGUUUAAUUCAGUGUUAAAUUGUCCUGUGUGUUUUUUAAACCACCAUCCCUAUUAUAGCCUGUGCAAUUACAUUUAAAUAAUUUCUGAAUAAAACUUG